GGUGAGAUCAGUACCUAUCAAUAAUCUGGUGAGGUCUAUAGGGUGUCAGUAUAGAGAUAAAAUGGGACCUGUUGUAAGGGUAUUGCAAGGUGACUUGGAAGGAGCGGAAGGAAUAGAUUUCGAGGGAAAUACCUUUUAUAAAUUUUUGGGAGUUCCUUAUGCUAAGGCGCCAAUUGGAGAGUUAAGAUUUAAGGAUCCAGUACCAGCAGAAUCAUGGAUGGGAGUAAGAAACGCAACCGAAGACGGAGAUGCUUGCUACCAAAACGAUUUAUUUGCUCAUCAAAUAUAUGGAUCAGAGGACUGCCUAAACCUAAAUAUUUUUACACCAGAAUUACCAUCAAAUGACAAGUUUAAUCUAAAACCAGUGAUGGUAUGGAUACAUGGGGGCGGGUUUAGUCAGGGCUCCAAUGACAGUAAGAAAAUAUAUGGUCCAGAGUUUUUAAUGACCGAAAAUGUUGUCUUAGUAACAAUUAAUUAUCGUCUAGGACUUUUGGGAUUUCUUCGUAUUAAAGACCCGAACUUUAAUAUAUCAGGUAAUAUGGGUUUUAAAGAUCAAGUAGAAGCUCUAAGAUGGAUAAAAAGUAACAUUCAGCAGUUUAAUGGUGAUCCUGAUAAUGUGACUAUUUUUGGUGAAAGUGCCGGUGGCGCUUCGGUACACAAUUUGGUGUUAUCUCCUUUGGCAAGAGGUCUGUUUCAUAAAGCUAUAUGCCAAAGUGGCGCAUCCUUAUGUCCAUGGGGUGACGACGGAGAUCAUAGCGCCGUUCAAAUUGCAAAAAUACACGAUUCGAGUAUUUCUACAGAAAAAGAAGCCGUUCAUUUAUUCAAAAACAUGAGUGUUCAGGAAUUGCAUAAGAUUCAAGAAAAAGUUCAUAAUUUUAAUCAAGGAAUGAGAGUUGGUGUACUUGGAUUAGUGAUUGAACCAGCCGAUAGAAAAAAUGCUUUUAUGACAAAAAGGCCCAUCGACAUAAUCACUUCAGGAGAUUAUGGAAAAGUUCCUAUUAUAUUUGGAUAUAAUAAUAGAGAAGCUAUUCUAUUUUACUUUGAAAAACUGGGAAAAGGUGAAAUUAACCCCGAGAAAAAAUUAAGCGUUGAAAAAUUUAUUCCACAUAAUAUUAAUUUAAAAAAGAAUGAUUCUGCUACUUAUCACUUAUUGGAUAAACUGUCAAGUGUAUAUUUUAAUGGAGGAGAUCUACAGGAUAAUAAUAUAAUGCUAAUGUCAGAUGCAAUGUUCGUCAUGGGUAUCCUAGGAAGUGUUAAGAACCAUGCCCAGUCAUCUCCACUGCCAGUUUAUUUGUAUCAGUUAUCAUUAGAAACUAAGCUUAAUACGAUUAAGACUCUUUUAAAACUAGAACAUGCUUCUGGCUGCUCUCAUGCAGAUGACUUGGGUUAUUUAUUUAAAACCUUGGUUACUCCAGAGUCUAUAGAACCAGGCAGCAUAGAAGAUUUGAGCUUAAGACGUAUGUUACGGCUUUGGUCUAAUUUUGCUAGAUACGGUAACCCUACCCCAGAGGAAGACGAGUUUAAAAUUACUUGGAAACCUGCCAGGGCUAGGCAGUUAAAUACAUUAGUUAUUGACGAAGAGUUAAAAAUGGAAAUAAAUCCUGGCGGAAAGAGGCUAGAUAUGUGGAAACAGAUUUAUCAACAAGCUCCUGCUACUAGCAAAUAUUUAUAAGUCUGUUAUAAACGAUAUAUAUGUUUAAAUAUUUAUAGACAUUUUAUUUUUAGUAAUAAUAAGUUGUUAUUGAAAGUAGAGUAUCAUAUUUAUUUUUAAAUGUAAAACUUAUUACACGAGUUUUUUUAAUUCUUGAAUAUAAUUUUGAUUAAAAAAAAAAGUAUAAUAUAGAGUGUAUUUUUAUGUAAUAUAUAAAAUAUAUAUAUAUAUAUUAAUAUAAA